AUGGCACGUCCUGAAAAUAAGAGCUGUAGAGAAGACGUUAUGCAAACUGUUCAGGAUGUAAUGAACAGUGUUAGCCGUUUUACUGCUGCAUACAGGUACAUGACUGAAGUGGAAGCUGGUGAAAUAGCUCGGGCAGCUGCUAAAAACAGUGUUUCAUCAGAAGUUGGCAUGUGCAUGAGAGUUGGCAGUGAUCGAAGGCGAUACAACUUGCCACAUCAUGAAGAAGUAGCUGCAGUUUUUGUUGAUCAAGAUGGAGCUCCUCCUGGAGACAGGUAUAUUGUUACCUACCCACGUGAACGCAAUUUGCAAAAUAUUUCCGCGUCAUCUGCAAAUUUAGAGCCGAUGGUUUAUCCUCUUUUUUUCCAAGGGGUGAACCAGGUUGGUAUUAUGGGAUAG